UAUGUAGACAAAAUAGUUGAAGUUCCGCGAUAUUCGAUUAAGGAGAAGAUAAUUGAAGUCCCCAAGGUGUUGGUGAUAGAACGCAUCAUCCCUGUCCUAAGGAGCUACAGAAAGGAGCAGGUGGCCUAUGUGGAGCCGGGUGCCCAGAUACCAUUUGACGGGCAGCACACCGCCCCUUACAAACCCCAAAAUCAGCAAGAGCAGCAAUAUGCAGCUAAUCCUACGGCGCGAUAUCCUGACGUCGUCAAAUUGCCCCCCCUGUGGGCACAAGACAGCCCCGCUACAAGUACUCCUAAAACAUGCCCGAUUGACGGUCCCCAAGGGGGCAUCCUUGGGAGUUCCCAAGAAGGCUUCUCUCUGGGCAGCUCCCAAGGGAGCCCACAGGGGGGGGCCCAGCAAAGCCCGCAGGAAAGCCCCUUUAGGGGCCCUCUGGAGGCCCCAUUUGGGGGCAUCCCCGAGAGGCGCUACAAUCUGGGCCCCCCCGCAGAAGCUGCGCGCGGAGGGGGGGGCGAGUGGAACUUGAGGAGUCAGAGGACAGCGCCCAACCUUCGGGGGAGUGGCUCUGGUGAAUACGACAGCAGCGGUAUGAUGGGUCUGCGGCAGUCAAUGAGCGGGCCCGCUGCUGCUGCUGCUGCCCCACUGGGUAGCUCGCCUGCAGGGGAUUCUAUGGAAUUUGCAAAAACUCCUUCUGUAAAUUAA